UCAAUAACGUCCAGCGUUUCUUUUUUGAAGUCGGGAGCUUAUGUUUAUUGGAAGACAAACAGAGGAGGAGGAGACUAGUUCUUGUAGGAAAUUUCUGUCAUCGAUACCAGAUCCGAUGUCAAAUAAUAGUAAUAUUUACGAUAAUGCUAGGCAGGUCAAGAGCAAUGCUGUGCCAAAUCAAUCUCCUGAUAAUAUUGAAGAUGCAAUUUGGCAGUUGAAUCUCCAUGAUCAUCAAAAGCAAGGUAGUCCAUACCCAAAUCGUCCGGGUGAACCAGAUUGUAUGUAUUAUCUAAGGACCGGAUUUUGUGGUUAUGGAAGUAACUGUCGUUUUCAUCAUCCUCCUGCCACACAGGAUGUAGAAUUUGUCAAGAUGAAGAAAAAAAUUCGUCAUACGUUGCUAGAGCACAUUUUUCAACCUGAGGAAGCUCAACUUUUGUUUCUUAUUCAUGGUGGUAUGAGAUUGACUAAGCCACCAAAAGUUGAGCAAUGGAAAGAGUUAGUUGAGAUUUGUUUGAUGGACAAUGACAUAUCUGAAUUGCCGAUGAGUCCAAGUUGCCCCAAACUCCGAAAGUUGUUUCUUGAAAGUAACUACAAGUUAAGAAUCAUACCUCCUUCAUUUUUCAAUAAUAUGCCAGCUCUCCAGGUUCUAAACUUAUCUAGAACUUCUAUUAAAUCUUUACCCGAGUCUCUUUUCAAGUUGCUCAACCUUAAAAUGCUCUUUCUAAAUCAUUGUGCUCUCAUCACAACCUUUUCACCCGAAGUCGGAUAACUCAAGCAACUUGAAGUACUUGAUCUUGAGGGGACAGAGAUCAUGUAUUUGCCCACUGAGGUUGGACAAUUGACAAAUCUCGUAUCCCUGGAAGUGUCAUUUUUUGAACCUACAAGUCGAAGAAGAUUAGAGCAAUCAUGUGAAAUAAUUCCUCCUGGGGUUAUAUCCUGUUUAUCUCUAUUAGAAGAAAUAAAUAUUGAUGUGAGCUCUGAUGACAAGCGUUGGAAUGCAUCUGCAGAAGAAAUUAUUUCUGAGCUUUGUAGAUUGCAGAGGUUGCAUACACUUAAAGUCUACAUACCCAAGGUGGAAUUUCUGAGCUACUUCAAUUGGGAUAGAGAAGAAAACGUCUCCUUUAUCGUACUUUAAAUUCAUGGUUGGUCAUCUUGUUGAUCAUAUCAUAUCUCGACUUCCAUGUGAAACCGAAUUGGAGCUAGAACAACAUGAUAGGUACUUGAAGUAUGUAAACGGUGAAGGUGUUCCUGAAGAUAUUAAGAAGGUGCUUAGACAUUCAACUGCACUUUUUUUGGACUGCAACUCUGGCAUUAGAAAGUUAUCUGAUUUUGAGUACAGAAAUAUGCAGCAGUUAAAAUGUCUUGUAGCAGGGCAAUGCAACAAUCUUCAAGCAAUUGCUGAUGGAGAUCAAACGGAGUCAUCAUCUGGUGAUGCAACUGUUGGUCUUGUUUCAUUAGAAUACAUGCACAUAUAUUACAUGAAGAAUCUAAGGAGCAUAUGGGAAGGACCUGUGAAUAACUCUAGCUUCUAUGCACUGAAGUACUUGACCUUGCGCACGUGCCCUGAGCUUACCACCAUCUUCACACCAGAGUUGCUUGGAAAUUUCUCCAACCUUGAAGAACUCACAAUUCGUGAUUGUCCCAACAUCAGAAGCUUAGUGAGUUGCAAUAGUUAUGAUGAUGAGGUCAAUUUCAUUCUCCCAGCAUUGAAGAGGAUAUCACUUCAUUUCUUACCAAAAUUGACUAGCAUCUCCAAUGGCUUGCUCAUUUCAUCAAGGUUGGAAUUGAUGAGCUUUCAAUAUUGCCUGAAUCUCAAGAGUCUCCCAAUAAGCAAGGCUUUCAAUGAGAAUGUGAGAAAGAUCAAGGGCGAGCAGAGUUGGUGGCAAGAAUUGAAGUGGGAAGGUCAAGAUUCUUGGGAUGACAUUUUUGUUCCCAUUGAUUAAUGUAAUCAAAUUAGUUUGCUCCUUUUUUACUGGAUAAGAGUGAUGUUUCUCUUCCCUUGGCUUUGUAAAUCCCAUAAUUGCAGGGUAUUUUUAGUUGUGUUCUCAUUCAGUUGUUUUAAUCAGCUAAUUGUACUUCUAGGUGUUGGAGCUGCUGGGUGCUGGCUUU